GGAUUAUAUUCGUUGAUUGUUAACUAACACAAGAAGUUUCAUAAUUGAAUUACAUAUUCGAUUUCAUAGACAAAGCAUUUCUUUCAUUACGUUUUUUGAUUGAGUUAUAGAUUUGUCGGCUCGGCUGACCUUGCAUAUCGCGGUGAUCCCUCUUGGUUAACGUUAAUGUCGUGUAGGUCUUUAUCAUUUAGAUAAUGAGCACACAAACUAGCUAGAAAAUAUUAUCAAUGUUAUUUGUUACUGUUAUUUGAUAGUGUCUUUCUUUUAAAAUCGACCGUUGACUGAGAAACAGCGGUUUUAAGGUUAAAGAUGGAUCAAGUUAAGAAUGGUUGGUUUAGCGAAAUUUCCGAACUGUGGCCCGGUCAGUGUUUUUCAUUAAAGGUAAAAGAAGUUCUAUACAAGGAGAAAUCCGAGUACCAGGAUAUCUUAAUAUUUGAAUCAACUAACAAUGGAACUGCUUUGGUGCUGGAUGGAAUAAUACAAUGUACCCAAAAGGAUGAAUUUUCGUACCAAGAAAUGCUAACAUUCCUAGCUUUAUGCUGCCAUGAUAAUCCCCAAAGAGUUCUUAUUGUUGGAGGUGGAGAUGGUGGAGUAGCUAGGGAAGUUCAGAAGCAUCCACUUGUUAAGGAAAUUGUUCAGGUUGAGAUCGACGAGAAAGUGGUAAAUGCAAGCAAAAAACACCUUCCUUUCAUGGCCAAAGGUUUCGAUUCCGCCAAAUUAACGUUAAAGAUCUGUGAUGGAUUCGAAUAUAUGAAGAAACACAAAAAUGAAUUCGAUGUUAUUAUAACUGACUCUUCCGAUCCAAUUGGACCUGCUGUGAAUCUCUUUACUGAAUCGUAUUAUAAACUUGCCAAAGAAGCACUUAAACCAAAUGGUAUCAUCAGUUGCCAAGCUGGAACUGUCUGGUCUGAUCUACCACACGUCAAGAAAACCCUCACCAAUUGCCGCAAACAUUUUAAAACAGUAAGAUAUGGGUUUUCAACCAUUCCAAGCUAUCCCGAUGGGCAAAUUGGUUACCUCGUGGCAUCCACAGAUGGCAGCAAUGACCUAAGAACUCCAAAAUUCAAGUUUACUCAAGAGCAACUUGAUAAUCUCAACUUGAGAUUUUACAAUGAUGAAAUGCAUUCAGCUGCUUUUGUUUUACCAAAUUUUGUAAAGAGAGAAUUAAGAGAAUUAGCUGAAUAAAUAAAUUGUUGUUUUUCUUUA